GCGCUGUGAAUUGCGACUCUGGAUAGAGACUUCCCUUCAAAUUUUUUUCCCAACAAAUCCCGCCUGGGUCACCAUCGGGAGACCCACGAAGGUACGGCAAGCUCUCUCGACAUGAACCAUGCAGCUAGCUUUUAGCCUUAUCCAAAAGAUCCGAAGGCGGUCGCCUGGUGUGGCUAGAUUUUCUUCCGCCCGUCAUCGGGUUCCUCGGCGAGACGGGGGGCGCCUGCUGCUUCUGCUGCUGCUGUUGCUUGCGUCUUGCAUAUCAGCUCACCACACCCUGGCAGCUUCUCCUCAACAUCCCACUACCCUUCGACCGGGAUGUCGCUGUAGCGAAUGGCGAUCUCUUCCGCAGGUCCUGAGCUCGCCUUCCAGCUUCUCGUCGUCGACGUGGGGCACACAAGAUGGUGUGCUCAUCAUCGCCAGGUAGGAUAUCGAUAGGUGAGGUUGUUUCCAUGGACGACUAUAAAAGGGUGCUACAUGAUCAGAAUGAUUCUGCUUCCGUUCAAUCCACUUUGUUCACAUC